AGCGACUUGAAACCAAGUAACACAAUAUAGCUACACACAGUAAGUACUAUUGUACAGCGGUAUAUACUAUAAACAAAUCUAAUACAGCUUGAACAGCUUUAAAUCGGUGACUUCUGAAAGCGUUUGGAGAACAGCAUUAUCAAUUUUUUAAAGCACCUCAAGUGCAGUGGCGUGACAUCUGGGGGACCCCCUGCCUCUUUUUCUUUGUGCCCCUGCAUUCCAAGCAUAAAGUUAUAUUUCUUAAUUUCAUUUUCAUGUAGUCAUCUGCAAAGCCAAUGCAGUUGUCUAAGAACAAUAUUAUACCACUGUUUUCGAAGUAUUUCUAUAUUUCUACAAGAGAGCUUUCACCUUCAAGGAAAGAAUCACCCUUAAAUUAUAAGUAUCCAUUUCUCGCACUAAGAAAUGUUCUUUUUAGGUUUAUGUUUUUUGAAAUUACAUCUUGAAAUUACUCUUGAAAUUACUCUUGAAAUUACUCUUGAAAUUACUCUUGAAAUUAUUCGACAAAUUAGUCUCGAGAUUUUUCUCUUGAAAUUAUUCUAGAAAUUAGUCUUGAAAUUAUUCUUGAAAUUACUCUUGAAAUUACUCUUGAAAUUACUCUUGAAAUUAUUCGACAAAUUAGUCUCGAGAUUUUUCUCUUGAAAUUAUUCUAGAAAUUAGUCUUGAAAUUAGUCUUGAAAUUACUCUUGAAAUUACUCUUGAAAUUACUCUUGAAAUUACUCUUGAAAUUACUCUAGAAAUUAGUCUAGAAAUUAGUCUUGAAAUUAGUUUUGAAAUUAGUCUUGAAAUUAGUCUUGAAAUUAGUCUUGAAAUUACUCUUGAAAUUACUCUUGAAAUUACUCUAGAAAUUAGUCUAGAAAUUAGUCUAGACAUUGCUCUUGAAAUUAGUCUAGAAAUUAGACUUGAAAUUAAUCUUGAAAUUACUCUUGAAAUUACUUUAGAAAUUAGUAUAGAAAUUAGUCUAGAUAUUGCUCUUGAAAUUAUUCUUGAAAUUAGUCUUGAAAUUAGUCUUGAAAUUAGUCUUGAAAUUAGUCUUGAAAUUACUCUCAAAAUUACCCUGGCUCUCAUUGCAGCAUUGCGUCCAUGGAUGACCUUGACUUCGACAUCAGCUACGAUACAGAAUACGUUUUUAAAUGUUACCAUGGUUACGAGCCAGUGUUGACGGUGACCUUCUCCCCAAAACCUCACUGGUCCCCUCAGAAGAUCCACAAUUACUGGCGGGACAAGGUGACCCUCGCCCACACGACCAGAUUGGUGUAUCAGGAGGACCUCGAGCAGAGGGAGCUUCUCAAGACUUUAAAAUAUGACGUCAUCAAUCCUGGAGUAAGGGAAACCAUACUCAUAUAAAGCUUGUGUGUGUGUGGGGGGGGGGGGGGGGGGGGGGUGGAGGGAUAAGAUUUAUGGUUUUUAUUUCAUUUUGGUCUGAAGGAGAUUUGAUUUUUUUCUAUAUAUGAACCUUAAUGUAAACUAAUUUCAGAGGGCAUCGAAAUCCAUUCAUAUGAAUUGAACUAACCCAUUUUUUUAUGUGGAACAGAUGGGUUAGGGGGGAUUGGGGGUCCACCAUUUUUGUUUCUUCAAGAGCUUUAACAAUAUUGAGUCUUUAGUGGCUCCACCAAUCUGACUCUUCACUGUCUCAAUCAAUUUUUGAAUCUUCAGUGUCUCCACAAUCUUUUAGUCUUUAAUGUCUCCACAAAUCUUUGAAUCUUCAAUGUCUCCACCAAUCUUUGAGUCUUUGAAGUCCCCACCAAUCUUUGAAUCUUUAAUGUCUCCUCAAUCUUUGAGUCUUUAAUGGCUCCCCAAUCUUUUAGUCUUUGGUUGCUCCACAAAUCUUGUUUUCGGGGGUCCCACCAUUAAGCUAUAUUAUAUAUAUAUUUAUAUAUGUUAUGUCUUAAUAAUAAAUUUCUCAUGAACAUAUUUUGUGUGUUCUUUUCCUAAAGUAAAAAUUAUUUUUGGCAAACUCAGUACAGUGUCAGAUGAUUUUGCGUUUUAUUUCAGCUGAACAGAUUCUCCCAAAACUAUUUUUCUGUUGAAAGACAAGUCCCUAGAGACAUGAAAUUUAAGACACCUUACAGGCGA